AGUAUAUUAGAUCUCAAGGAUCCCAAAACCUCUUUCCUCUUCUUCCCUCAAACACCCUCCUAAAACCCUCGCAAGGGAGAAGCUAGCUGCAGCAGAGCCCAAGAGAGAAAGACAGAGAGAGAAUGGGAUGGAAAGCAGCGCAGAAGCUGAUUCAGAACUGGAGGAUCCUCAGAGGAGAUAACGUGAUGAUAAUAAGGGGCAAAGACAAAGGAGAGACGGGUGUCAUCAAGCGCGUCAUUCGCACUCAGAAUCGUGUCAUCGUUGAAGGCAAAAAUCUGGUGAAGAAACACAUCAAGCAAGGACAGGGUCACGAAGGUGGAAUUUUUUCCGUGGAAGCCCCUCUUCAUGUUUCGAACGUUCAAGUGCUUGACCCAGUCACGGGGAAGCCUUGCAAAGUUGGAAUCAGAUACUUGGAAGAUGGAACUAAAGUAAGAAUUUCUAGAGGGAUAGGAACAUCGGGAUCCAUAAUUCCUCGUCCUGAGAUCUUAAAAAUAAGGAAAGCCCCAAGGCCUACUAUAGUUGGCCCAAAAGACACACCAAUGGAAGUCGUAUUGGAAAGGACGUAUGACGCAAAAGCUGGAAAGGGCAUGCCGGAACUUUAGAUGUGCUCUGCGGGAACUUCAAGAUCUGUGGUGUGCUGGACUGAUUUCACGGGAAUGGCAGUAGCAGUUCGUCCAUCCAUGGAAGGACUAUGGGAUUUUGAUUUCCCUUUUUGCCAAAUGGUAAUUGUGUUAUUAGAACUAUGGCAUCAGCAGGCAUAAUUCCUACUGUCUGGUAGUUGUGCUGUUUCAUUCCAUCACUUCUUUGAUACAAUGGAUGGUUCACACACAUCAUCAUUUUCGAAAUGUUGGAGACUUGUCCACCGUGUA